CCAGCGUGUGUCGGAGCAGGCCGUGAACGCAGCACCGGCCCAGACAUCCAGCGUGUGUCGGAGCAGGAACUGAAGAUGGCGGCCUGCGCUUUACGCCGAGGCCUGUUCAGCACAGUCACUAAAUACAACAGGAAACACACACACAGAAUACUCGGGAUCUCUGACACUACCAGGGGGAUUGAGGCGUUUAAAGCACGAUUACAAUGCCGAGCCUGUGGGCUGCUUGUCGGUGUUCAACAGAGAAGGUUCAUGUCGUCACGGAACAGACCUGAAGGAAAGAUUUUGGAGACUGUUGGGAUGUUUGAAGCUGUGAAGCAACAUGGCAAAUAUGAAACUGGACAGCUGUUUCUCCACAGUGUGUUUGGCUACAGAGGCAUCGUCUUGUUUCCUUGGCAUGCCCGUCUGUAUGACCGAGAUAUCACACCGCCCAUGUCUGACAGAAAACCCGAUUCUCCUGGAGCACAUGGCUCCAAAGAGGUGAAGGGGAAGACUCACACCUAUUACCAAGUCCUGAUCGACACCAGAGACUGCCCCCACAUAUCUCAGAGGUCUCAGACAGAAGCAGUGACGUUUCUGGCCAACCACGAUGACAGUAGAGCUUUGUACGCCAUCCCAGGUCUGGACUAUGUGAGCCAUGAAGACAUCCUUCCCUACAACUCUACGGAGCAGGUCCCAAUCCAGCACGAGCUGUUCGAGCGCUUCCUCAUGUACAACCCAACCAAAUCUCCUCCAUUCACGGCCAGAGACACCCUGAAGGCGUGGCAGGAGAAGAACCACCCCUGGCUGGAGCUGUCAGACGUCCACAGGGAGACGACGGAGAACAUCCGGGUCACAGUCAUCCCCUUCUACAUGGGAAUGAGGGAGGCCCAGAACUCCCAUGUGUACUGGUGGCGGUACUGUAUCCGUCUGGAGAACAUGGGUAGUGAGGUGGUUCAGCUGAGAGAGAGACACUGGAGGAUCUUCAGCCUGUCGGGGACUCUGGAGACGGUGCGAGGACGAGGCGUCGUUGGCAGGGAGCCAGUGCUGUCAAAAGAGCAGCCAGCCUUCCAGUACAGCAGCCACGUGUCUCUGCAGGCUCCCAGUGGGCACAUGUGGGGGACAUUCCGAAUUGAAAGAACCGACGGCUCCCACUUUGAUGUUCGUAUUCCUCCUUUCUCUUUGGAGAGCAAUAAAGAUGACAAAGCCCCCCCUGCUGGCUACACGUUCUAAGUGUUUCUUCUGGGACUCCCUGCCAGACUCGGCCCUCUCUGUGUUCUCUAGAAUCUUCCCCGUGUAAUCUGGCCUCACCGUUCAGGCAGGUUAAGCAGAACUUUCAUAUAGCAAAUCAUCCAAAUGCUUGCACAUUUUUCCCUUUUUCUGUCCACAUGCACUCAAGAAUAGUAUGUGAUUAUCUGAUAAAGUGUAGGCAUUCUGGUUGUAUUUGUAUCUUCAUGCCAUGUUUUUUUUGUUUUUUGUUCUUUUGCAUGACUUGUACAGGGAAGUGGAGGUUGAACUAAUGCUACCAAAUGUUUUGUGAUUGAUUCUGAUGGGUAGUAGCUCAAAUAUUAACCAGGCUGUCUUUAAAGAAGGAGCAUGUAUUGCUAAUCUUUGGUUCAUUAUAACAAAAAGCAAAACCAACUCCAGCUUAGCUUCAUUGUAAGCCUCUUGUGAACUCAAAAUUCUCUUCCCAAAUGAUGUAAAUUGAUACAGGAAGAUUACUUGUACCCUGAAGUCUUUCUCCAGUCAAGCCAUUGAAGCAUCAAACUGUUACAUAGUUACAAUAAGGUGAUGUUGAUGAAGCAGCUGACUCUUGAUGCUGCAUUCAUGUCCUCUUUAACGACAUGGGGGGAAAAAAAACCCAACUAUUUACCAUUAGCAACAUCAUUGAACAAUUCAGAAGUGUCAUGUGAUUGGAGUUAGCUGUGUCAGUACAACAGGCUUUGACCAAAUACUGUAUUGACUUUGAUUCAAAAUAAUGUGAUUAGAGAAGUGUUUCAGAUACCGCAGGGUGUUGAGGAACCACAUUUCCCACUCAUAAUUGUCAUAUGGCUUGAAUGUGGUCACACUGGUCUGUUCCAAUCUUCUUUCCACACAGACGUGCCAUGUAUUUUGAACAUUUAUAAGAGCAUCGAAGUUAAGAGUUAAAUGUGUUUGUAUCUUCUCCCAUAUGUGUAGUCUACUAAAACGCCUCUUUCAUCACACCAUCAUUGACAGAAAAGAGCGGGGGGGAAAAAACCAACCAUCAGAUUCUAUGUACAUGAAGAUAUUGAUGCCUGAAAUUUGAUUCCACACUUGCAGCGCAUGUAAAAAAGGUCACUGGAAUGAACUACUCAACUUGUAA